AUGGUCUUCAAAGCAGGCAACUAUUCAUCUGGAUCUCUCCUUGAGGAGACAACUCGAAAGUGGGCUCAGUACAGAGAGAAGUGCCUGAGAGACUUACUCAAACAACCUUCCGGCGUAUUUUGUAACGGAACCUUUGAUCGGUAUGUAUGCUGGCCGCAUUCUUCUCCGGGAAACGUCUCCGUUCCCUGCCCUUCAUACUUACCUGGGUGGAGUGAAGAGAACCCGGGAAGGGCCUACAGACGCUGCCUGGCUCGGGGCACUUGGCAGACGCUGGCGAACCGCACUGUUUGGCAGGAUGACUCCGAAUGCUCUGAGAACCACAGUGUCCAAAAAAACGUGGAACACCACGCCUUGCUGUCGACCUUGCAGCUGUUGUACACCGUGGGCUAUUCCCUCUCCACUGUCGCCCUCCUCCUGGCUCUCACUCUCCUCCUGUUCCUUCGAAAACUCCACUGCACCCGCAACUACAUCCACAUGAACCUGUUUGCUUCCUUCGUCCUGAAAGCCCUGGCCGUGCUGGGGAAGGACAUCGUCUUCCACAACUCUUACUCCAGGAGGCCCGACACCGAGAGGGAGUGGGUGUCCUACAUGUCCGAGAUUUCCACCUCCUGCCGCUCCGCCCAGGUUCUGCUGCACUACGUGGUGGGCGCCAACUACUCCUGGCUGCUGGUGGAAGGCCUGUACCUCCGCACGCUGCUGGAGCCCACCGUGCUCUCUGAGAGGCGGCUGUGGCCCACGUACCUGCUGGUGGGUUGGGGCUUCCCACUCCUGUUUGUUGUGCCCUGGGGCAUCGCCCGUGCGCAGCUGGAGAACACAGGGGCCCUUCCCAGGCUUUUGGUGGAGGUGGCCUUAGGGAGAGUGGGGUUUACUGCAAGCUCUUUCUACCUGACCGCUGACUGCCAAGUUGCCCCUAGUUUACCUGGACAGGGAUCUGAUGGCCAGGCCCAGGGUGACCUCGCUAUUCAUAGGCACAUGGACUCCAUCACUUACCCUUGUCUGCUUUUUUUCAAGGUCAAUUUCUUCAUCUUCCUGAAAAUUCUCAAGCUUCUCAUUUCUAAGCUCAAAGCCCAUCAAAUGUGCUUCAAAGAUUAUAGAUACAGGUUGGCAAAAUCAACGCUGGUUCUCAUCCCUUUAUUGGGUGUUCACGAGAUUCUCUUCUCUUUUGGACUACUUGUGGCCUUGCAGUACUGCUUUGUCAAUGGAGAGGUGAAGGCCGAGCUGCGGAGGCACUGGGGCCGCUUCAUGCUGGCCCACCACUCGGGCUGCAGAGCCUGGGGCCUGGAGAAGAACUUCCGGUUCCUGGGGAAGUAUCCCAAGAAGCUCUCCAAGGGAGACAGCGCCAGGGCGCUGCAGAAGUCACAGUCCUCGCCUGGCGGCGGGCAGCUCCUGCCUUUGACCAUGCAGGGCCUGGGGGAGCCAGGCACCAGGUCCCAUGGGGGCCACACAGCCUGGCGCUGGGGCCGCAGCCUGUCCGAGAGCAGCGAGGGAGACUUCACCCAGGCCCAUACCAUGGAGGAGAUUCUGGAGGAGAGUGAGAUGUAGGCGGGCUCCUGCGACAGGUGCUGUGGGGUGCCGUCAUCGCUCUUCCCGGGCACCAGGUCCACUUGGACAUGAAGUCUAUCUCGAGGUUCUUCAUGCUCUGAUGAGGUUGUGCAAACAGUCACUGCUUCUGCCUGCCAUUGUCAUCUACAACCUCCACUGGCGAAUUUUCCAGAAUGACCAUCAGCCCCUGGGGUGGCCCUAAAUUCAAGUGAAUGGAGCCCCAAGGCACAGAGAGAUGUCCUCUAUGAAAGAGGGGGCAGCCAAUACCUUUUCCUUUAUCCCUCACGGCAGAAGGUUUCCCUCUGAGGCUGGGUUUGGGUUGUAUAAGGACCACAUGGGAAGUGUUUUACAUGCAGAGUUGGGCUCCUGGAUGAUUCUAAGAAAGUACGUCUGGAGCGAUGGCCAGGGUUGGGAGUUGUGUAACAAGCAUCCCAGAUAACUCUGAUGCAAGCCCAGUGUGCAAAAGCGAGCAGCCCCCUGAGUGGUCAAUGGUGGGACAAAGCCAGUGAUGUCCUGGAUUCAACAGCUCAGCUGUGACCCGCUCGGCCCCCUCAGACAGUGGGCAACGCCACGCCGCCCAGAACCCCAUUCCUUUCCU